UGUGUGUCGUUAGACAGCGUGUGUUUCGGCUUCCUGCGCGGUGUCCGCACACCGUCCGUCUCGUCAGUGUAGAUCGGCUCACCAUGGCGGAAGGACGCAGAGAACAACCGCCUCAUCCUCCUCUCUCCUUACCACCAGCAAGCAAGCGACCCUGCCUCCGCCCCGCACCCAGAGGUCCCGGGCCGGGGCCGGGGCACGGCAGCGGCUCGCCCGGCUCCCGGUAUCGCUCCCCGGAGUCUCUCCUGGACUGCGCCGCUAAAGCGGUAGCGGAAAAGUGGGCCUUUGAGAGAGUGGAGGAGCGCUUCGAGCGGAUUCCGGAGCCCGUCCAGCGCCGUAUCGUCUACUGGUCUUUCCCACGCAACGAAAAGGAGAUAUGCAUGUACUCUUCGUUUCAGUGCAGGGUGGCCGGCGAGGAAGGUCCGUUGGCGGCCGCCGCUGGGACUGGGGGGACGGGGUCCGGAGCUUCAAACGCCGGUGGCGGCGCAGGAUCUACCGCUGGUGCAGCGGCUGCCGUGGGGGCAGCCGGAGUAGUGGGCACGGGAGACGGACUCCCUUUCCGACGGGGAAUUAGGCUGCUGGAAAACGGCUGUGUGGAAAAUGUUUUGCAAGUCGGGUUUCACCUGAGCGGCACUGUGACCGAGCCGGCCACAGCCUCGGAACCAGAGGUGACCCACAAGGUGGCAAUCAGCUUUGAUCGAUGCAAGAUCACCUCGGUCACCUGUGGCUGCGGGAACCGAGACAUUUUCUACUGCGCGCAUGUGGUCGCGCUCUCUCUCUACCGGAUCCGCAAGCCUGAGCAGGUGAAGCUCCGGUUGCCCAUAUCAGAAACUCUGUUCCAGAUGAACAGAGAUCAGCUGCAGAAGCUGGUCCAAUAUCUGAUCACUGCCCACCACACUGAGGUUCUGCCCACGGCACAGAAACUGGCCGAUGAGAUCCUCUCCUCCAACUCCGAGAUCAACCAGGUUCACGGUGCUCCAGACCCGACUGCAGGCGCCAGCAUUGACGAUGAUAACUGCUGGCAUCUGGACGAGGAUCAAGUCAGGGAGCAGGUCAAACAGUUUUUGUCGCAGGGAGGAUACUACGGCACUGGAAAGCAGCUCAACUCCAUGUUUGCAAAGGUACGGGAGAUGCUCCGAAUGCGGGACUCCAACGGCGCUCGGAUGCUAACGUUGAUAACGGAGCAAUUCAUGGCGGACCCUCGACUGUCACUGUGGAGACAGCAAGGCACAGGGAUGACGGACAAGUGCCGGCAGCUCUGGGAUGAACUGGGUGCUCUGUGGGUGUGCGUGGUGCUGAAUCCGCACUGUAAAAGCGAGGAAAAGAACGGCUGGCUGAAGCAGCUGAAGAAGUGGGGAGACAUGGACGUCUGCCCGCUGGAGGACGGAAACUACGGCAGCGAGCUUCCGAACAUCACCAACGCCCUGCCGCAGAGCAACCUUGCUCAAGACUCUCUGUCCAGACCGAGGCGGACGGUGUUCAGCCGCGCCGUUGAGGCGUGCGACCUCCACUGGCAGGACAGCCACCUGCAGAGGAUCAUCAGCAGCGACUACUACAUGUCUCCGUCCUACCAGAGGGAAGGGGAGAGCUUGCUGUUCAACCCACAAGGGCUGCCGCUCUGGCUAGACCACGUCCCGACGGCGUGCGCCCGCGUCGACGCCCUGCGAUCGCACGGCUACACGAGAGAAGCGCUGCGGUUGGCCGUCGCCAUCAUCAACACGCUUCGCCUCCAGCAGCAGAGACAGAUGGACAUCUACAAGCACCAAAAGAAAGAGCUUCUCCAGAGAAAUGUUACCUCCACCACCAACCUGGAAGGCUGGGUGGGUCAUCCAUUAGACCCAAUUGGUUGUCUAUUCAUCACCCUCACAGAAACUUGCCGCAUGGAUGACGAUAACUCUAUGGACACUGGAGAAGGCGAUCCCAGACCUCCGGUCUACCACCAUGUGCCAGUGUGGGGGUGUCCAGAUGUGGGGGAAUCCUACCUGACUCUGGCCUUGGAAGUGGCCCUGAUGGGCAUGGGCCAGCAGAGGAUCAUGCCAGAGGGAUUGUAUGCCCAGGACAAGGUGUGUCGUAACGAAGAGCAGAUCGUCGCCAAACUGCAGGAGCUGGAGCUGGACGACCUCCUGGUCCAGACGCUGCGGAAGCAGGCCGUGCAGCUGCUGGAGGCCGGUCCGUUCAGUGGCCUCGGAGAAGUCAUCCACAGAGAAAGCGUUCCCAUGCACACCUUUGCCAAAUACCUCUUCUCGGCUCUGCUGCCGCACGACGCAGACCUGGCUUACAAGCUGGCUCUCCGCGCCAUGAGGCUUCCUGUCCUGGAGUCGUCGGCAGGCUCCGGGGACGUGGGCCACCCUCACCACGGCAUCUCCAUCGUUCCCAGCAGAUACCCGCGCUGGUUCACUCUCGGCCACCUGGAGUCGCAGCAGUGUGAGCUAGCCUCCACCAUGCUAACUGCUGCUAAAGGGGACAUGUUGAGAUUGCGGACGGUGCUGGACGCCAUUCAGAAAAACAUCCACUCUUCUUCCCUCAUCUUCAAACUAGCCCAGGAUGCCUUUAAGAUCGCCACCCCCGCAGACAGUCCGCCAGACAUCACCCUGCUCAAUGUGGCGUUGGAGUUGGGGCUGCAGGUGAUGAGAAUGACGCUGUCCACUUUGAAUUGGAGAAGGAGAGAGAUGGUCCGCUGGCUGGUAACAUGCGCCACUGAAGUCGGUCUGCGGGCAUUAGUGAGCAUCUUGCAGAGCUGGUACACUCUGUUCACGCCGACAGAGGCCACCAGCAUCGUGGCGGCCACCGUCAUGUCCCACAACACCAUCUUGCGCCUCAGCCUGGACUACCCGCAGCGGGAGGAGCUGGCCAGCUGCGCGAGGACGUUGGCGCUGCAGUGCGCCAUGAAAGACCCUCAGAACUGCGCCCUGUCGGCUCUGACGCUCUGCGAGAAGGACCACAUCGCCUUCGAGACGGCCUACCAGAUUGUGAUCGACGCCGCCUCCACGGGCAUGACAUACUCGCAGCUAUUCACCAUCGCGCGCUACAUGGAGCACCGAGGAUAUCCGCUCCGGUCGUUCAAGCUGGCGUCUCUCGCCAUGACUCACCUCAACCUAGCCUACAACCAGGACACGCACCCGGCCAUUAACGACGUGCUCUGGGCCUGCGCGCUCAGCCACUCCUUGGGGAAAAACGAACUCGCAGCUAUCAUCCCGCUGGUGGUGAAGAGCGUGCACUGUGCCACAGUGCUGUCCGACAUCUUGCGGCGGUGCACCAUGACGGCGCCAGGACUGGCCGGCAUCCCCGGGCGAAGGAACUCUGGGAAGCUCAUGUCAACGGACAAGGCGCCGCUACGACAGCUUCUGGACGCCACCAUCUCGGCGUACAUCAACACCACGCACUCUCGACUGACGCACAUCAGUCCGCGGCACUACGGGGAGUUCAUAGAGUUCCUCAGCAAAGCACGGGAAACUUUCCUUUUGGCACAGGACGGCCAUAUUCAGUUCGCCCAGUUCAUAGACAACCUGAAACAGAUCUACAAGGGCAAAAAGAAACUGAUGAUGUUGGUCAGGGAGCGCUUCGGCUGACCUUAACCCUGUCUCAGAGACCUCCUUUUUGGGAAGUAGUUAAACUUAUUGGUUUAUUUAAGUUUUUUUUUAUUAUUAUUAUUUUGUUUUUGAAUUUUUACUUCUGAAUGUUGAGCCAUUUCUUGACCAAGUCUUAAGUUUUCGUUGUGUUUCGUUUCUUGAAUGUGAACCAAAAAGUGUUCGCUGUACUCGCUCUACGUUAACCGUUGCUUCAAAAGACAGGACCUAAAGUGUCGCAGAAGUAACAAGGAAUCAAACUCAACCAAUUAAUACUUUUGAAAUGAUCAGAACAUUAAAAGAAUGUUAUUAUAAAAGAAGAAGAAAUGUUUGCUUCCUGCUGGCUUGCGGCCAUUUUGGAUUGGGUGUGUGUAGUCUUUGUAGAGGUAAAGAAGAUUUGGCUUCUCAAAGUGAAGGGAACUUCAUAAGGAACACACAACGGUUGAAACGCACAGUGUUAAGGUCAUACCUCGACUGUCGGCUUUAACUCCUCUGUUAGGAAUUGUCUCUCAUUUCAUUCAGGGCUUCUUAGAGCGGAGAGGACGGAUAACACAGCUACCUGUUCUCACUAGUUGGGGUCUAGUGAGACUAGUUGAACAUUUAAAUACCUUCCCCUGCUGCAUGGUGAGGGUGACGCUUUAGAGAGUGCAUGUUUUGAGGGUGACGUUCUGGCUGCUUUUGUUCCUAGUUUAGCCUUCACGUGUACAUCAGUAUAUUCUUGUAUACACUGUAUGCUUCGUGUCAUCCUCUUAGCGACAUAACAUGCCAUGUUUGAUGAGGUGAACGCGUUCCUCAUGUCCUGAGAUGCCACUUCACUGCUAACUCUGCUGCUUGUGGCCAAAGCUUUGAAAAGCGUAAAGCGUCAGCGCUAACAUCAACAUUCAGUCAACAGUUUAAUUCAGGUAUAUCUUUUAGUUUCGUCACUCUGUGACAUUGAGCUGGCGAUCUUUAUGUUUCAUUGCGAAACUUUGACAACAGUUUUGGACCUGGAACUUGGUCGUAAAUCAGUUUGUCACCUGAAUCCCUUUUCCAUCACAAGAACAUUGGCUAAAACUGAGAAUUGUACCCAUUUGUUUUGUUUAAGCGUAGCCGCUGGACAUAUUUAGAAAAUUUGCUGCCAAGAAGAACUGCUUAAGUUGUCAUCCAGUUUUCACUAUAGUUUCACGGGGGCAUUAAUGUGGCUGAAAACAGCAAAAUCUUCGAACACUCUAUUGUUUAAGAAGUAAACUCAUUUUUCUGUUCUUGACUGGCUGUUUUCUUUACAGUGCUUAGCGCCACCUUUUGACGGAUAGUUGUAUUGUCGCUGUCGCCACACUCAGGCAUCAGUCACAGACUUGUGAGGAAAUUUACAUCACCUGGGUUUGAAGAUUUAGUGGACAGUAAAGUAUUAGGCUUAUAGUAUAAUACCUCACUACUGUUAGCAUAUUUCUAAUGCUAAUAGUAGCAUUUAGCUUAAUCCUUUACCUCUAGUUAGCCCUCGUACAUUAACCACUUGAAAUAAUUGUUUGCUAGUUAACAAAAUUGUUUUAAUCAGUUAUUGUGUAAUUACAGUAAUAUAAAUAUAUAACCCCUUAAAUUUAUUGCGCACUUAAAAAGUAUCUGCUACCCGUUGUCCCGCCAAAAGUUUUCCCGCCAAAAUGAAUCAUUUGCUACUUGACUAAAUUGAGGUUGUUUUAUUUACUUUUGGUUUUUCAAAAGAUUUUUUUUUUAAAGUAUCAAGUGAACAUCUGAAAGUAAAUGCUAAGAUUCCUUCAAGAUCAUUUUUUUUAAAGAAAAAAAAAUUAGCAUACUUUUGCUACGUGUACAUUAGCUAACAAACUUUAUGUGUCAGAACUUCAUUUUUGAAAAUUGACCCCCCAAAAAAAGGCUUGAAUUAAAUUAAAUCUACCUUUUGGUAGACGGCCAAUAUAGCAUAUACUGUACAUGCUCAAAAAAAUUCCCCAACCUUAUGUUUUGACACAUUUCACAUCCAUGUUUGAUAAAAAUCAAACAUGGAAAGAUGGCUGUGUGAAAUUAUUAAGGCUAAAUAACCAUACAUUUUUUUAUUUUUUAUUUUUUUUUGUUCUUGUGAUGGAAAAAUCUGUGAACCUUCCUGUGAAUACUACUGGUGUGUAUCCUUCUUUACUGUGAAGACGAGCGGCCUUUUCCCCUCAAAGGUUUCAGAGAUGCACAGUGAACCGCACGAAAAUUACUGUAUUUUGUCGCAACUUGAUGCGUUCAUUGCAAGUAUUCGAGGCCGCGUGGCUCGGCACGGGAGGUUACCUUCUCCAUGGUCCGCUGUCUCACCCGGUGGCAAAAUGCCAUCUCUAAACAAGAGCUUAAGUCUUUAACUGAUCAGACUAAAUGUACAAGCACUUCACACAGUUACCUCUUCAGUACGUUCCUGCUUGCAUUUAUUUAUUGAUUGUUUUGUGACAUUUUUAAAAUGAUUUUUAAAAUUUUUUUCUAAUCAGAGUUUGAAAUGGCAGACACACAGAGUAAGAACCACACUGUAUUUAAAUAAAAGAGGUUGCAUGAGUUGAAGGGUUCUGGAACAGAGGGACAUUUUUUUUAUUUUUUAUUUUUCUCCUAUCUGCUUCGACAUUCCACGAGAGCAAACUUUUUUUUUUUUUUUUUUUUUACGAACUGUACCCGGGUAAGUCGGUCGUGAUAACUGCGCCUUUUUCGGAUCAGGAGAAAUGCAGAUGGAGGAAUGGGCGGAGGAAAAACUGAGGAGGGAGAGGAGAAAAAAAAAAAAGGCCGAACUCAGUUCUCAGGGACAUCACUUAAAGAAACAAAAACAAAAAGUAGUAGCAUUAAGCAUUUAAGAUAUUGUAAAUAAUAAAGUGUCAAUUGAGAAAAUUGUAAAGUUCUAAUUAUUUAUAAUGAAUAUGUUAUGUGGGGUUUUUUUUUGUUGUUUAUUUUCGGCGGGGUGUACUUGAACUGUUCUGCGUGGGGGAAAAUUGACGCCGUUUCUUUUGUAAGAGCAAAGAUUUCAAGGCAUUUCUCAGGUGCUCCUGUGUACUUUUGUUUCUUUUUUUGCUAACAAAAAAACAAAACAAAACAAAAAUCAUUUUUAUUUAGUUUGCAAUGACAAAAAAAAAACUGUUUUCCAAGAAGAAAGUUGUUUUUUGUUUUGUUUUUUUUUAAAGAGUUGGGAAGAUUGAGGGAGGCAUACAUUUGUAAACUGAUUUGUACUAAACCUGACUAUGCAGAACCACUUUGAGGAUCUCGCCCUGGAAUGAAAUUGAGGAAAUGUGGAGGGCGAGACCUGGUGGGCCGAACCACUAUCAGAAAGAAGAAGAAGAAAAAGAAGAAGGAGGAGGAGGACAGAAUGGAGAAAAGAGGAAGAGUGCUUGCGUUGGGUCGAUGUUACAUCUGCUGCAACUUCUUGAGGUUGAGGAGAAGGAGAAAAAAAAAGGACCAAUGGUAGAAAAUGCCUUUCUGACCGAUCAAUGUACAAAGUUCUUUCUUUCUUUCUUUUUUUUUGUGCGUCUUUGUUUUUUUACUUUAUUUCCGUCCUUUAUUAUCAAUACCGGAGCCUUCGGUGUCUUCUUGCGUGGUUCCUCUGCAGUGAGACGGAAUAACACAAACAUUUGUGUUGGCAACAGUACCUGAUGGCCUGUUUCAUUCAUGAUACCAUUUUUUAAAAAAAAGAAAAACAUUUUCUUCUCAGAGUUGACUUUUUUUUUUUUUUUUUUUUACAUUACUGCCGUUUACUUGUUUUUGUCCCCAUGAGGUUGGAUGUCUCUUCUGUCGAUCUAGGAUGUGAAGCUGCGCGUCGCGGCGUUUUCCCUCCGCACGCACGGCCAGCUUAUGCAAAACUAAAAGAUGCGAGGCUUCGACAUCCUAACAUUAACAGAUUUUCGAAAAAGGUCCACAGGCGACACCACUUCACCAACUGCGUAACCCGAAACUAAUUCCUGAGGGUUCUGUUUAAGUUUUACCCCCAACUCGUCUUUUCUUUUGUUUGUAGGAGAUUACUGUUUGCUAGUAGAGAUGUAGUUCACCUCCCCGUUUUGUUUUCGUUUCAGAUCCAUUCUUAACUUAAGGGAUAAUUGAAAGUGUUUGUUGCCUCUUUGUGCUACUGAUUUUUUGAAAAGGUAUUUCCAGUAUUUGUUGCCACAGAAGUAUCAUAGCUUAUCAUCACUUUUUUUUGUACCUUUUUUUUUUUGUGCGACUUCUUGAGCUACUGUCUAUAAAGCAAGAUUUUAUUACUAUUUAUGUAACGCUACUACCAUUUUAUAUUGAUUUGUGUUGAGAUCUCAGUGCUUUUCUAUGAAUAAAGUGUGAAACACA